AUGCGGCCUGUCGGUUUUCGGCGCGAAGCUCGAGUUCCUUUUUAUCAUGCGCGCUCUGUUCUGACGACCGGCCGCGGGCACCGAUUCGCUUCUGUCACCGCUGCUUCUCCUCAUCCAGAUUUGUUUGAACCACCAGACGACAGAUUUCAAAAUGAGCAGCUCGACAUUUUCAGAGCUUUUAAGCGUUCGAAUACGUCGCAAUUGGCGGUUUCUUUGAAAAACCAAUUGGCCUCGCGACUGGUGCCUCAUGACCAUGACAGCAAAAAACACAUGAAAAUGGGCCUGGAUGAGAGAAAGGAGGUGCUCUACAGGGUCUUCAAAAAACGGCAGCCCGACCAGAUACUUGCUUUAAUGAGAGACGUUCAUAACCGGCGAGUCAUUGAGGAAAUGCCCGACAGUGUCUUUGUUUCUGCGUUUCUCUUCCUCACCCCAGAACACUUUCUCGAGCCGUACAAGAAAAUCCUGGGACGAGUGCACGAUCACGCACUGAGAGUCAAGGGAUACCGCCCUUUCACGCUCAUCAUGAAACAUUACUUGACUGAUCUUUUCAUGAUCUUUCAGAUUCGGCAGGCUGGCGGCAACAAAAUGGGCCUUGCCGAGCAUACUCUCCUCCUUCGCUGGGCUGCUUCCGUGGGCGAUCUCUCCAUCGCUCUACACACCUGGGCGAGCAUGCAGAGAAACAAUAUCAGGCCGGACGUAGAAUGCUACAAUUUGUUGUUGGCCACAAGCCUGUGGGACCGGGUUCAUGCGGGCAAAGAACGCUACCGCCUGACUGUGACCCGGUUCUACAUGAGCAAGAGAAGAAAGGGACCUCGGAAACGCAAGCUCGGCUAUAGAGGCUUUGGAGUGAGAUCGAACAGUGUCAGAAUCGCGGUUCAGUCGAUCAUCAGGCAUAUGCAGCAAUUAGAAAUUCCCGUCAACGAGUCCACGUACGCCAAUAUGUUACUUGCCUAUGGUCGAGUUGGCUACCUCGGAGGUAUCAAGAGCGUUUUACAGUCGGUCUGGGGCAUUGAUGUCGAUAAGCUGGCAGACGAGACAGAAAUCCAUCCUCCGGCUACGGCCUAUCCCCAAUCGUCGCCUCUGUACCCUUCGGAAGACUUGAUCUGGACAGUCGCACAUGCGUUUGGGAUCUGCAGCGACCUGCCCUCGGCCUUGCGGACAGUGCAAUUCAUUUCUGAACAAUAUAAUGUCAAGAUUACCCCGGAAGCAUGGUUGGAGCUGUUUGAACGAGCGUACGUGCUGUCCAAGGAGCAAUUCAACAAGAACAAACCCACGACCCCAGCACCGACGGGCCUGGUCCCGUUCACUAUCGUGUACAAGAUUUAUGAUAUGAUGGAACCCGCCCCUACGCACUCGAGAAUGCACGUCUAUCGAAAACUAGCACGACUAGCCAAUUCAAGAUUGGUGUUACGGCGAUAUUCUGAAAUGCUCGAAACCGCGUACAACUUUCUUGACGAAACGCGAAGGAAACGACAGCGAGCGUUACAAGUACUAGAAAAAUGUCUUGGAUUUCCCCUGAGAAUAGACCCAUUGAAUGCCCCCUUUGACGAAACACAAGUGCGAUCUGCGUGUCGCCUGACCGAGGUCUGGAAAGCCCUCCGCGAAUACGAGAUACUCCGCCUGGAAGUCAUGCAGCAAAGACUACAAGUUGAAAGAAUAGUAGCCCUUGGCGUGGGCACUGGCAGAUGGCGAGAGCUUACGGAUUACACGGCCUGGACUCGCCAACUAUUACCAGAGUUUUUGGCCGAAUGGAAGGAUUUCCUGCCAGAAUGUUUCUACGUAACCCUAGCCCACCACGGCGGGAAAAUCGAGUUCCACGGACGCACUACUUACCUGCAUCAAAACAUCCGCCCUCACUACUACGAACCUGUACGUCGGUCGCGCUGCGGCAGCGAGCUUCUUGCGGCAGAAGAGCUUGAGCCCAUGGACGACUAUCUCUGGAGCCAUAUUCGCCAACGCCUGGGGCCCUUGGCGCAAAAACAGCCCUUUGCAGGCUUUUUUCUGAGGAACUGGUCUCGUAUGGACGCCCCCGGAGAUAAUUUUUUGUGGAUUGCCGAUCAGGAAAUGAAACCAGUGGACGCACCCCGUGAAGAACGCAAGUUUACGCGGACCUUUCCGGAUACCUUUUGGGAGAGGAUGGAGCAGGAGCGGGAGAGAGAGAUGGAGAGGGAUGGGAAUGAGGAUGGGGAGCUGGUUGAUGUUAGGCCGUUGAUUGAGAAGGAGAUGCGAGAUGGAAGUUAUCAUGUGGAGUUGGCGCCGUUUGGGCGUUGGUACUGA